UCGAUCACCAAAGACAUCCAUAGUCGUUCAUGCAGUGAACAUGAGACCGCGAAUGAAUUCACAAAUGCGAUCGGAUACUGUCAUGAUCGGAAAUCUUUUUUGGUGGGCCGUAGCUGCCGCCGACGCUUCUGAGGCAGACGCUCAUGACUUGCGUGACUUAGUGAACAUAAUUAAGGAAUCAAUCAAGGGAUUCGAUAGUGAGUAUUUGGAGAGUUUGCAAGGUGAAGAUGGUGGAUUCGGAACCAUUUCUGAGUUUUGUAAUCAGCUUGAGGCUAUGCUUUCCUCAGAAACACCGGAUAUCUAUGCAUUCACAAGCUGGGCUAGCAUUUUAAAACAGGUUGAUUUUGGUUGGGGGAGGCCAUUUUGGAUCGGAGCCAUGGGGAAAGUUGGUCCUGCAUUUAGAAAUCUCACUGUGUUCGUCGACAGACAAUGGGAUAGGGGCAUUGAAGCAUGGGUGAACUUGGAGGAAAACCAAAUGGCUCUGUUAGAGAAAGACCCCCAGUUUUUAGCAUUUGCUUCUCCAAAUCCUGGAAUAUCAAGCAUGUAACUGUCUAUGUUUUAUUUCGAAGUCAAUAAUUAAGGCUUAGAAUACUAAGCUAUCAAAUUCUAAUCGAUUAAUUUCUGGUUUAUUACUGUGUUAAUUAAUCAAUUAAUGUCAUUUGCAUU